GUGAGAACUCAAAGAAAGCGGUCUGAUAGAAUCUUCAUUUUGUUGUAAAUACACAAAUCAAACAACCAGACUAUAAUUCUUCUGAAAUUGCAGCUCUCCAAAGCUCCGGCCAUGGCGGCGGCGUCGGCAAUGUUCAAAAUCUUGAGCAGGGUUUCUUCAGGUUGCACGAGGACACCAAGAACAGAGACAGAUGCAUACGGUUUUGUGUUGUUGAGAUUUUACAGCGCGAGACGAAGCUGCAAUCGAAGAAACCUCUUUGCGAGGAUUAGUCCUCUCGGUGACCCUGAACUUACUGUAGUUCCGGUUCUUAAUCAAUGGAUUGAGGAAGGCAGGAAGAUCAAGAACUUUGAGCUCCGGAGAAUCGUUUGCGACCUUCGUACUCGCCGGCGGUAUGGCCAAGCCCUUGAGGUGUCUGAAUGGAUGUGUAGCAAGGGACUUUUUUCCCUCACAACAAGAGACUUUGCCAUACAGCUUGAUUUGAUUAGCCGAGUUCGGGGGUUGGAUUCUGCGGAGAAGUAUUUCGGGAGUGUUUCUAACCAAGAGGAAAUUGGUAAACUCUAUGGUGCUCUUCUAAAUUGUUAUGUCAGGGAAGGCCUUGUGGAUAAGUCCCUUGCCCAUAUGCAAAAGAUGAAGGAGAUGGGUUUUGCUUCCUCUUCCCUCUGCUAUAAUGAUAUAAUGUGUCUAUAUUUGAACACUGGCCAGGCUGAUAAGGUUCCAAAUGUACUGUCUGAAAUGAAGGAGAAUGGUGUUCUUCCUGACAAUUUUAGCUACAGAAUCUGUAUCAGUUCUUAUGGAGCUGAGUCUGAUGUAAUCACUAUGGAGAAGGUUUUGAAAGAAAUGGAGUGUCAAACUCACAUAUCCAUGGAUUGGAUUACUUAUUCAAUGGUUGCGAAUUUUUUCAUAAAAGCCGGUAUGCAUGAGAAAGCAAUGAGUUAUCUUCGGAAAUGUGAGGACAAGGUCGAUCAAGAUGCACUUGGCUUCAAUCAUCUCAUUUCACACUACACCAGUCUGGGACAUAAGGAUGAAGUAACGAGAUUGUGGGCUCUUCAGAAGAAGUGUAAGAAGCCAGUCAAUAGGGAUUAUAUUACCAUGUUGAGUUCUUUACUAAAGCUGGAGUUGCUUGAGGAAGCUGAGAAUCUGCUCAUGGAAUGGGAGUCAUCUUGCCAAUGUUACGAUUUUCGAGUUCCGAAUGUUCUUCUUAUCGCAUACUCGCAAAAGGGGUUAAUUGAGAGAGCUGAAAAGAUUCUUCGAAACAUCAUCAGAGAUGGGAGGAUCCCAUCACCAAAUAGUUGGGCCAUUAUUGCAGCAGGGUACUUGGAAAAGCAGAACCUGGAGAAAGCUUUUCAGAGCAUGAAAGAAGCUCUUGCUGUAAAAGAGCAAAAUAAAGGGUGGAGGCCCAAACAGGGCAUUUUAUCAAGUAUAAUGCGAUGGCUAUCUGAAAAUAGAAGAUAUGAAGAGCUGAAAGAGUUUUCGAGCUCAUUGAAGACUGUACCUUCCAUGGAUGGAGUACUAAAUACUGCAUUGGAUGAGCUUCUAGAAAUCUUGGAAAACGACAAUGAUAUAACAACAAGGGGAAAACUAGAGGUGAGGUGAUUUAAUUCUCAUAUGAAAUUACAACAUUGUUUAAGAUUCUAUAAAGGGCUAAAGAGGCCAUAAGUAUAAUUUAUAGUGACCAUCUAUCUAGGAUUUAAUAUCAUACAAGUUUCUUUGACAUCCAAA